GGUUUUUUGGCGCCGCUGCUGCCGCUGCCUCCUCUUCUCCUCCUCCUCCUCCUCCUCAGCCCGAGCUGAUUUCGGUCGGGGUUGCUGGUGCAGCUAUGGCGGAGCCUGCAGAGAAGAUGUACUGGGCCGAGUACGCCAAGAGCGGCCGGGCUUCUUGCAAGAAAUGCGGCGACAACAUCGCCAAGGACUCGCUCCGCCUGGCCAUCAUGGUGCAGUCCCCCAUGUUUGAUGGCAAAGUACCCCAGUGGCACCACUUCUCCUGUUUCUGGAAGCGGGCUCGACUGGUGUCCCACACCGACGUGGUCGGCUUCUCGGAACUGCGUUGGGAAGAUCAGGAGAAAAUUAAGAAGUCCAUAGAAAGUGGCGGCGCCGGAGCAGGCAAAGGUGACCAAGAGGGUGGUGGCAAAAGUGAUAAAAGUUUAAACGAUUUUGCCGCAGAAUAUGCAAAGUCCAACAGAAGUACCUGCAAAGGCUGUAAUCAGAAGAUCGAAAAGGGUCAAAUCAGGAUUUCAAAGAAAAUGGUGCAUCCUGAAAAGCCCCAGUUGGGGAUGAUAGACAACUGGUACCACCCAGCCUGUUUCGUCAGCCGCAGAGCAGAUCUGGGGUUUCUUGCCUCUUUUAGUGCCUCUCAGCUGUUAGGCUUUGGGCUCCUGAAUGCUGAAGAUAAAGAGACUCUGAAAAAGCAGCUGCCUGCAGUCAAGAAUGAAGGGAAGAGAAAAGGAGAUGAGGUGGAUGCCGACGUGAUCUCAAAAAAGAAACCAAAAAAGGAGAAAGAAAAACAGUCUAAACAGGAGAAGUUGCUAAAGGAACAGACGGAAUUGAUUUGGAACAUCAAAGACGAGUUGAAGAAAGCUUGUUCCACCAACGACCUGAAAGAGCUCCUGAUAGCCAACAAGCAGGACAUUCCUUCUGGGGAAUCCGCUAUCUUGGACCGUGUUGCAGAUGGGAUGGCCUUUGGGGCUCUGCUGCCCUGCGAGGAGUGCAAAGGGCAGUUUGUGUUCAAGAGCGACGCUUACUACUGUACAGGGGACAUCACCGCUUGGACCAAGUGUGUUGCCAAGACACAGACACCCAAAAGGAAAGAAUGGAUAACGCCAAAGGAGUUCCGGGAAAUUGCUUAUCUAAAGAAAUUCAAAUUUAAGAAGCAGGAUAGAGCGUUCCCUCCAGAGGCUGCCUCUGCAAACUCAGCUCCUCCUCCAGCAGUUUCUACCCAUAUUACAGAGAACUCAGCUGCACCAGCAGGUAAACCAUUAAGCAGCAUGAAGAUUUUGAUCGUUGGAAAACUGUCGAAGAACAAGGAUGAAAUCAAGUCUGUCGUUGAGGAACUUGGGGGAAAGGUGACGGCUACUGUGAACAAAGCUGACCUGUGUAUCAGCUCACAAAAGGAAGUUGAGAAAAUGAACAAGAAAAUGGAAGAAGUGAAGGAGGCCCAGGUGCGCGUUGUCUCCGAGGAAUUUCUCCAGGAUGUGCAGUCCUCCAGCAAGGGUUUUCAGGAGCUGCUUUCGCUUCAUGCUCUUUCACCCUGGGGUGCUGAAGUUAAGCAGGAGCACAAAGUGGUUCCCGUGGGAGGAAAAUCCAGCGGACAGUCGAACACAAAAAGUACCGGGAAGAUCAAGGAAGAGCAAGGAACGAGCAAAGCGGAAAAGAAGAUGAAGCUGACAGUUAAAGGAGGUGCUGCUGUGGAUCCUGAUUCAGGCUUGGAAGAUUCUGCCCACGUCUUUGAAAAAGGUGGCAAAAUCUUCAGUGCCACUCUUGGGCUGGUAGAUAUUGUUAAAGGAACGAAUUCGUAUUACAAGCUUCAGCUGUUGGAAGAUGACCGAGAAAUCAGAUACUGGGUAUUCCGCUCUUGGGGCCGUGUUGGCACAGUCAUUGGAAGCAACAAGCUAGAGCAGAUGCCAUCGAAAGAAGAAGCCAUUGAGCACUUCCUGAAUCUGUAUGAAGAAAAGACGGGCAACUCGUGGCAUUCGAAGAAUUUCACUAAAUAUCCCAAAAAAUUCUAUCCUCUGGAAAUAGACUAUGGGCAGGAUGAAGAAGCAGUGAAGAAGCUGACUGUGAGUGCAGGAACCAAAUCCAAGCUUCCUAAGGCAGUCCAGGACCUUAUCAAGAUGAUCUUUGAUGUGGAAAGCAUGAAGAAAGCCAUGGUGGAAUUUGAGAUUGACCUUCAGAAGAUGCCUUUGGGGAAGCUAAGCAAGAGGCAGAUCCAGAGUGCAUACACCAUCCUUAAUGAGGUGCAUCAGGCAGUUUCUGAUGGUGGCACCGAUUCACAGAUAUUGGAUCUUUCCAACCGCUUCUACACUCUGAUCCCCCAUGACUUUGGGAUGAAGAAGCCUCCUCUUUUAAAUAAUCUAGAUUACAUUCAGUCCAAAGUGGAGAUGUUGGACAAUCUGCUUGACAUUGAGGUCGCCUACAGCCUACUCAGAAGUGGGGGUCAGGAUGGGGAUAAAGAUCCAAUAGAUGUGAACUAUGAAAAGCUCAAAACAGAUAUCAAGGUAGUAGAUAAAGACUCGGAAGAAGCGAAGAUCCUAAAGCAGUAUGUUAAGAAUACCCAUGCAAGCACCCAUAACGCGUAUGACUUGAAAGUCAUGGAGAUUUUCAAGAUUGAGCGGGAAGGAGAAGUUCAGCGUUAUAGGCCGUUCCAGGAGUUGCACAACCGUCAGUUGCUCUGGCACGGUUCUCGCACAACCAACUACGCUGGCAUCUUGUCGCAGGGUCUCCGAAUAGCUCCUCCUGAAGCUCCUGUGACUGGCUACAUGUUUGGUAAAGGUAUCUACUUUGCUGAUAUGGUGUCCAAGAGUGCCAACUAUUGUCACACCUCUCAGACUGACCCGAUCGGCUUAAUCUUGCUGGGAGAAGUUGCUCUUGGAAACAUGUAUGAGCUGAAGAAUGCAUCCCACAUAACCAAGCUGCCGAAAGGAAAACAUAGUGUCAAAGGCUUGGGCAAAACAACACCAGAUCCCACAGCCACUGCCUCUCUCAAUGGCGUAGAAGUUCCUUUAGGCAAUGGAAUACCAUCAGGAGUUAGCAAUACUUGUCUUCUGUAUAACGAAUAUAUUGUCUACGAUACUGCUCAGGUUAAUCUGAAGUACCUGCUAAAACUGAAGUUCAACUAUAAGACAUCCCUCUGGUGAACAAGUAUUUUGGAAGAUAUGUUAAAGGAUUUAAUAACGCAAAACCCUUUUGAAAUAUCGAAGCGUUUACUCCCAUUGCUGAGAUGCAAGAAAUAAGUUGCAGGGCUUUGCUGAAUCUAAGUUUAGUCAGUCAGCUUAGUAAGACUUUUUUGCCCCGUACAUGUGCAAAAACACAUGAAACUGAGUACUGUACUAUGAGAAAUGUUUGGGUUUUUUUCUCUCACCUCCCCAGCCCCUUCUUUUUUGCCAGUUCUAGUAUGAAGGCCAUUCUGUGACUUUUAACUGACAGACCAAAAACAAAAUAGCCACACAAACACACCUUUGAUUUUUGUCUUUUGUAAGUGAGGCAAGGAGGAGGAGCUUAGAAUUGUUUAUAAAUCUUUUUUGUUUGUUUUUUUACAAAAUACCUUCCUUAGUUUCGAUUAUGAAUAAAUGUUAAACGUGUUUAUUUUGAAGUAAAAAUAAAAACUAAUUUCAUACUAAA